AUGGCUGAAUUUGCCAAACUGCGGGUCGUUGUAGUCGGUGCUACUGGUCUCACGGGGACCAGCAUCGUCAAUGGUUUGCUGCAGUCUGACAACUACCAAGUUGCAGCUGUCGUACGCUCUGCGGCUAAGCCUGCAGCUCUAGAUUUCCAGAAGCGAGGUGCUGAGCUUCUUGUCUGCCCAGACCUCGCUACAGCGACACACGAAGAGCUCGUCGCGCUACUGAAUGGCGCGGACAUCCUCAUUUCCGCAAUCUAUGCUUUCAUUCUCGACGCGCAGCGACCUCUCUUUGCCGCUGCUAAGGAGGUCGGCGUCUCGCGUGUGAUCCCCUGCGACUUCGGCACCCACGCGCCGCCUGGCUCAAUGCUUUUGAACGACAAGGUAGGCCUUUCCCACCGUCGAUAUACAGUCGAAAUUCUCAUAAUGCAUAGCGCCUGA